AUGGUGCGGGUCGUUCUCUCAAUGAUGCAGUUCAGGCUUGGACACAGUGUAAAGGUGGGCGACCACGAAAAGGCCACAACUGUGGCCGACGGGGAUGUGGAUGCGCUUGGCGAGGAGGACGACAAGGGCACGGCCACAUCCGUGGCCGACGUGGAGGUGGGCGUGUCGACACCGUCGUUGUGGCGGGCUUGGAAGCAGCGGAUGAGUCAGGACAUGCUUCUCCUCCUCGUCAUCGUUUUCCGGUCACGUGACCCGCCGUCUGCUCCAAUGGGAGAGCGCGGUGUUUGCUGCAUUUCCCUUCAGAGUGGGAGAGACGCACGCGCGCGCGUGCACACACCCAUCGCUGAAAUGUUCCUCUACGAAGACCCGGGCCGGAACAGGAACAAGACCAUGGAUGCCUUGAUGUCUGGCGGGAACGCCAUGGCGCACUCGGCCGCCCUGGGCGCGCACACGUCGCCUUUGAUGCACACCGCCGGCUACUCAGCCGCCGACGUGUCCGCGGGCACGAGUGACUCGUUCACGUCGCCGGGGCCGCCGCAGGGCGCACUCCCGUACUCCUACUUGGCGGGCGUCUACUACCCGUGCAGGGUGAAGGCCGCGCCUUACGUGGACAACUGUGAGGAGUACUCCACUCCCCGGCCCAAAGACCUCUUCUACCACCCGGGACCCUACCAGCCCGUGGCCAACUACCUGGACGUGUCCGUGGUCCAGACGCUCGGGGCCGCCGAGCCGCGCCAUGACGGCCUGUUUCCGGUGGACCCGUACCAGCCUUGGACGCUGGCAGACGGCUGGGGCGGGCAGACGUGCUGCAAGGACCAAGGACCGCACCUCUGGAAGUCCGCCUUGGCCGAUAUCAUGGUCCACUGUUCCCGCCAUUUAGACCACGCCUCCCGUGGAGGACGCAAGAAGCGCGUGCCUUACUCCAAAGUGCAGCUGCGCGAGCUGGAGGCGGAGUUCUGCGCCUGCAGAUUCCUAAGCAAAGACGCCAGGAAGAAGAUGUCCGCCGCCACCAAGCUGACGGAGCGCCAGAUCACCAUCUGGUUCCAGAACAGGAGGGUCAAGGACAAGAAGGUCAAAAAGACCUCAUCCUAGUCACCAUGGCAACCAUCUUCAUCUCCAUCUCAGCUCCAGUCAUCAACAUACUUUAAUGUUAGCAUUAGAAUUCAGCCUUUUAUUAGCACGUUUUAGGCUAAAGUGGAUAUUUUCCUAUAUUCAGUGGCUGUAUACACACAUCAACAUCAUGUUAAAUACAUAUAUAAACAUCAUAUUAAAGGUUUAAAAAUUAGAUUUAUUUAUGGAAUAAAUAGGAAUAAUCAGACAGCUUUCACGAAUGGCUGCCGUUUUUAGUCACGUGAC